AUGGAUAUGUUGGACAAGCUCUCUGUAGCGAGUCAAAGCUCACUCGCCCUUUAUGCAAUUGCCAUAACCGCCUCCUUGUAUCUGUUCUAUCUAUGGCUACUACCUAAGCCCAUUCCCGGCAUUCCAUUCAACAAGGAGGCCAAAAGUUCCUUAUUGGGUGAUAUCCCCGCCAUGGUUAAACAUUCUAUGAAGACUCAGGAGCUUCACGACUGGAUGGCAACACAGAAUGUUAAGCUUCAAUCACCCAUUAUACAACUCUUUGCUCGACCGUUCUCUAAACCAUGUGUGGUCGUAGCCGACUACCAAGAGUCGAAAGAUGUCAUGGUGCGGCGCACCAAGGAGUUUGAUAGGUCUUACUAUUGGAGCGAGGUUUCAGGAGGAAUUAUGCCCGAAAGUCAUAUCUUCAAAAGAUUCGGCGACAAUCUCUAUAAACGACAGAGCAGAUGGGUGCAAGGGCUUAUGAUGCCUGGGUUUCAGAAGAAUGUUGUUGUUCCUCAUAUGUAUAAUGUUUGUCUGGACUUUAUGCGACUCUGGGAGGAAAAGUCCAGGCUUGCCCAGGGUCACCCCUUCGCCGCCGCGCACGACGUGUAUUAUGUGGCCCUUGACGCCAUCUGGACCGUUGUAUUUGGAGAGGCUCCUGGCAUACAAACCGUUACAAGAGCUCAAGUAGAGCUACUCGAGGGAAUAGAAGCCUUACCACUACCUCAGAACAAAGACGCGGAAGUGGACCUGCCUCGAGCACCGGUCCCCGAAACCCUUCAGUCCGUUAUCGAUAUCACGGAGAGUUAUGAAUCAACUAUCAGGUCUCCCUGGCCCAGAGUCUCGCACUGGAUUUUGAGACAAACUUCCAGCACCUGGAAGAGGGCUUUCAAGAUUAAGGAGAAUUUUAUCAAGAACGAGAUAGCGAAAGCGAUCAACAGACGUCAAGCCGGGUCAGGGAGCUCGGCCAUACCCACUGCCAAUAUUAAAUCUGCCAUCGAUGAUAUGAUCGAUAAAGAAGCAGUUAUGGCGGAGAAAGAACACAGACGGCCCGAGAUUAUUUCUAGGAGUUUUUUUGACGAGAUCCUGACAGUCCUCGUCGCCGCACAUGACACUACCGGGACAGUCAUUACUUGGGCCGUCAAGUUCUUAGCUGAUUACCCCGAAGUCCAAGAUAAGCUUCGAGCCGAACUCCGCGCCAUAUACCCCGAAGCCAACGCUGAGAAAAGGUAUCCCACCUUUGAAGAGAUUCGCGGUAUUAACUGUCAUUACCGAGAUGCUGCUAUUGAAGAGAUUAUUCGAUGCUCUCGCGCUGAAUCCGCCCUUGCCCGUACUGCUAUGGUUGACGUGGAGCUGCUCGGCCACCGAGUCCCCAAAGGUACGGAAGUCUUUUUUAUGGGCAACGGCCCUAGCUUUUUUGCGCCUGCAUUUCAAAUCGAAGACUCCCUACGCAGUCAGUCUUAUCUCACCAGCCAGAAAAAGGGUAAAGUCUCCAGCUGGGAUCCAAAGCAUCUGGACGUGUUUGACCCUGAACGAUGGCUGGUGGAGGAGAAUGGUCAGAAGGUAUUUGACAGCGCAGCGGGACCAUUGCUUACGUUUGGCCUUGGGCCAAGAGGCUGUUCCGGACGAAACAUGGCUUCCUCAGAAUUGAAGAUCUUCAUAACACUACUCAUCUGGAACUUUCAGCUUGAAGAAUGUCCUGAGAAGUUGAGUGGAUAUGGCGCGAUAGAUAAAUUAGUGCAUGCUCCUAAGCGAUGCUAUGUUAAGCUCACCAAAGCUAUGUAA